AUGGGCAGCUCCGGGAAGAAGCGCCGCCGCGCAACGAGCGCCAACAGCGACGACGACGUCCCUACGCAGCGCACGAUAGGCUUUCUGGCCCAAUCGCAAUUGAGCGAAAAAGACCGACGGCACGUGCGGUACAAGGAGCGCGAGCUCUUGCAGAGCCUCAAGGAGAACGCGAGCGACCUGGCCACGCUGUCGAGCGACACGUUCGACGUGCACACGCAGGAGCUGGACCACAUGUACGAGCACGUGUGCUACCCGCGCGAAGCCAAUUUGGACGCUAGUAACCUGGACGAGCUCAACGUGGCAGUGACGAAACAGUCGCAAGCGCUGGGUUCGAGUGACUUGACCAAGUACGAGACGACCGAGCUGAUCCGCGCGACGCGCGAGGUGUGUGUGAAAGAGUCGCAGCCUCAAGAUUUUGACUGGCAUGCGCUGGGAAAUGCAGCAGGAGCGUGUUUUCGAUCGGUGCCGGAAAUCGUUUCUUGUACGUCGUUUGGACUAAUGGAUACGGAAUGA